AUGGCCCACUAUCAAAAGUCAUUCUUCAAGACUCUGUACGCUAUUCUUGGACCUCCCUUUGGGUCUGACUUUCUACGCAAGCUACUUAUUAACAACAACAGAAGCAACAGCAAAGAAACAACAGCAACAGAGACAAAAUCUGCAGAAACAACAGCAACGAGGAAACAACAGAGGAAAGCAACAGAAACAGCAGAGAAAACAACAACAGAAACAGCAGAGAAAACAACAGAGGAAAGCAACAGUAACAGCAAUAGAAACAACAGAGAAAACAACAGAGGAAAGCAACAGAAACAGCAGAGAAAACAACAACAGAAACAGCAGAGAAAACAACAGAGGAAAGCAACAGUAACAGCAAUAGAAACAACAGAGAAAACAACAGAGGAAAGCAACAGAAACAGCAGAGAAAACAACAACAGAAACAGCAGAGAAAACAACAGAGGAAAGCAACAAGCAACAGAAACAGCAGAGAAAACAACAACAGAAACAGCAGAGAAAACAACAGAGGAAAGCAACAGUAACAGCAAUAGAAACAACAGAGAAAACAACAGAGGAAAGCAACAGAAACAGCAGAGAAAACAACAACAGAAACAGCAGAGAAAACAACAGAGGAAAGCAACAGUAACAGCAAUAGAAACAACAGAGAAAACAACAGGAAAGCAACAGAAACAGCAGAGAAAACAACAACAGAAACAGCAGAGAAAACAACAGAGGAAAGCAACAGUAACAGCAAUAGAAACAACAGAGAAAACAACAGAGGAAAGCAACAGAAACAGCAGAGAAAACAACAACAGAAACAGCAGAGAAAACAACAGAGGAAAGCAACAGAAACAGCAACAGAAACAACAACAGAAACAACAGAGAAAACAACAGAGCAAAGCAACAGAAACAGCAAUAGAAAAAAACAGAGAAAACAACAGAAACAGAAAUAGGAACAACAGAAACAGUUACAGAAACAACAGAGGAAAGCAACAGAAACAGCAGCAAGUGACGCGGAGAAGAAUAAAACAAGACUUACAUUAA